AUGCAGAAACCGCCGCCAGCUGACCCGUCUUGGAGCGACGAAGAAGAAUUGGACCGGAAUGGAAGUGGGCGAGACAGCAGCUCCGAUGAAUCGGAAUGGGGAACAGUAACUAGAGAUUUUCGCAUCAACGGCAUUCUUGGAGAUGAGGAGGGAGGAGGUUUACUGGGUGGAGAUGAUGAAAAACAGCUUUACCUUCCAGAGCCUGUUGUCUCGUUGACGACGACACAAAAGCCGGAGCUGCCACGGCUAUCGGCUGAGAAUCUCCCGACCGGCUGUCAUGUGUGGGUUGUGGAUGAGGACGACGUCCACCUUUUGUUACGGGAGCACUGGGAUGACUCCUACCGCGCCGUAUGUAAUGGUAGACUUUGUGGCACAGUCGUUCGGCACUCUGUUAACGUGACGCUUGUGUCCUUUUACGAUGAACAUCUUGAGAUGAACUACGGUCUGAGCCUUCCUCGUAUUUGCCUCUCGAAUGUUCCUGUUGAAUCAUACAACCGAUCGCCAGGCGGAAGUAACCGCCUUAUUCAAUCUUGUUUUGGUCUCGGCAACCUUGACCCGCGGGCGGUACGUUUCCGCGAGGACGCCGCAGCUCCGAAGGUUAAUCGGCAAUUUUAUGAAUCUCUCUCAGUGAUGGAGGUCCAGGUGCCGCAAUCCCUGCCCCAGUUAGCGGCUGUCCAGAAAAGCCUUAGCGAGGGCGCAUACGAAGAGGCGUUGAAGUUGUUGGACAAGCUGCCUUUAAAUGCGGUUAACCGUGUAGACAUCUUAGUUUUGCGUUCGCGCGCAAAUAUUUUUUUGGGUCGCUACGAGGAGGGCCUCAAGGACGCACUGGAGGCGAUUGAGGAGGAGCCGCGCUGGGUAAAGGGGAAUCUUGCAGCUGCCCGGGCUUUUAGUGGACUCUGCAAAUUUGAGAAGGCUGCGCAGCAGAUUCAUCGUGCCAUGUUGCUUUUGCCUCACAGUCAUGAGCUGCACAAGAUUGGGGAAUUAAAUUCAUUUAUGCUCAGUUUGCAAAUGGGGUUACCACGCAACGACCUAGAUUUAUUUUUGGAUUCCCAAUACGCCAAAAGGCUGGUCUCUUCUCGUCGGUUUAAAAAAGAUGAGAUUGUGUAUAAAGGUGACCAAGUAAUUUUUGCGAUGGAGUCGAUCUUUUCAACCCCCUCUGGUCGAUGUUGUGUGUGUCUGAAAACUGAAGGAAAAAUGAUGCGUGUUCCUGUGGAUUUAGAUGGGAAUUCCUCUGAGGAAUUGGCCUGUUACUGUAGUGUAGAGUGUCAGCAGCGGUCAUCGCUUUUUUUUGUCAUGGAACUUGGUCGCCAUCGCGUAGCCGUGGAACGGGCACGGGACCUCAUUUCUUGCACCCUCCCACAAAGAGUGAAUCAGGUGUCUUUAGACUUGACUUACAUGGCGACACGACUCUUCUUGAUGAUAUGUGUUACGCAUGAUCGACUUUUGUCUAUUCGUCGAUCCCAAAGACGCCUCAACGAUGUUAGUAAUUCCAAUGUCUCAGGUGAAGAGAGCGAUCAAAGCGCUGCAUCAGACAAGACAGAGUUUUUACCACUUCAAGCCGCGCUUAAGCAUCUAGGCGUGUAUCCACUUCCAACGGAUCAACUAAGUCCCAGUGCCCGGGACAAGAUGUAUGUACUGUAUAAUACACUUACCGUCUUCUUCUCAGAUAAGGACAAGCAAACGUACUCAUCUGCUUUAUUCUACGCAUUGUAUGAGUACGUGCGUACGUUUGCUGUUGCCGUGAAAGUGCGUGAAGCGGAAAGUAUGCUUUAUUACCUUCCAAAAGUUAUGGGGGCGAUCCGUCAUGUGGAAGCAUCAGAGGCAAAUUGUACUGUCGUCAUCAAUGAAAAUGGAACAGAUAUAGCACUUGUCGCCUCCAGGGACAUUUUUCCCAAUGAGAUGCUUUCUGUCCCCGAUUGGAAUGCGCACAACACAGGUUGA